GAAACCUGUAUUACAUCCGACGGUGAUUACUAUCGUGGACGUGUAAGAGUUACAGAAACUGGCAAAAACUGCAUCUCUUGGUCAAAGGCACCUCCUCCAUUUACAAGUUCAAACUACCAAGAAUACGAUUUAUGGACCAACUGGUGUCGAAACCCUGGUGCCAGUCGGGCUAAACCGUGGUGUUAUAUAUCCGAUACUACAUUUGAAUGGGAAUACUGCAAUAUAACAACUUGCGGUCCAACAAAUAUUACGUCAGGCAGUCUUUAUCCACUAGGAGGUGAGGGAAUUUAG